AUGGACACAUUAGAUACAUUAAAGAAAUAUCGAGACCUGUGGUGGAACCAGGGCAACCUCCACCCCAUAGCAGAAUGGGAAAAAGUGAAACUCCCAUAUGUACUUGUGGAAAAUGUGAUUGUUGAUAAAUAUGAAGAGCACAGAGACCGAUUUAACGUUCAUGCAUGUUGGGAGUGGCUUCCACUACAAGCUCAUGAGGUUUGUAUUAAUGAAAUUUCUCAUUUAAUGAUGGAACAAUGCCUUCCAGUUAAACGGACGGAUGCUACAGUUUAUAGGACCCGUGUCAAGGGUUUUGGCAAAGAACAUAAUAGUUCAUUUCGUCCCAAAAAACCUAAUAGUUCAUUUCGUCCAAAAAAAUCUGCAGUAGAUUCAUCAAAUGGGAGUGAUGGAUUGGAUGCACCUUGGCCAAAUAUCAUAAUAGAGGUUGCAUCAUCUGAACCUAUUAAACAUGUCAAGGAUAAAGUAAGGAAUUACUGGUUAAAUGGUAAUCGCAUUCAUGAUGUGAUUAUUGUUAAACUUUAUUAUGAUGGUGAAAACCCAGCUCCAAGCCGUAUGAAAGUAUGGCAUUAUUGCAUAUCAGGUCCCUAUAUGCAACAAAAACUCAAACCUAAAAAUAAAUUUGAAUUUGGUACAUACAAUGCAAAAGGGGAUCCAUUAAAUUACCAAGAAGGAACCUGUUUGAUCAAAAUUCCGUUAGAUUGCUUAUAUCAUGAUGUGAAACCCCAAUUCAAGUUUCUAAAAACAUUCUUCCGGAUCCAAUUAUAUUGGAUUUCUUUUAUGUUAGGCAAGAAAUCCUUGGAUCAUUCAAGUAAAGAUUUGGUUAAAUGUCUUCAUAAGUGUUGUGAUUCACGUCAAGAUGCUUCAAUUCCAAUACUUAAUUUAAUUCUAGGCGUUUCAAUUUUAAUGUCUUACACUUCAGUUAUAGUCUUUUGA